AUGCUGGCUCACAGCACGGGUGGCCAGGCCGACUUGAAGAAGUGCUUCGACACAGGCAACCUAUCGAGGUUUGCCCACAUCGGCCUCAUCUAUGCCCUGGGAGACAUCUUUGAGAUGGAGUCGGUGAACUACAUCGACUCCUCGACGUACACCGUGCUCUCCCAGUCCAAGCUGAUUAUCACGGCGACCCUGAUGUGGCUUAUCGACGGCUCCGCCCAGAGCGUCAUGCAGUGGUUCAUUCUCUUCACGACAUCGUCUGGAAUGCUCGAGUACGUCUUGGUGGGCAAGGCUAAGGGAGGGGCCAUGACCUUCAGCGUCUUCGGCGUCUGCCUUGCCAUCGUCAAGGUCUGCAUCAGUUGCUACGUGGCGGUCCUCAACACGAAAGCGCUGAAGAGAGAUAGCAAUCCUUUCCCCGUGCAGUUUUCAUGCCUGAAGGUCUCUUGGGCAUUCGCCAGCCUUGUCUACAUGGUUGUGAAGGACGGCAUCCUUGGAGACGGCAUGUUUGGGGAGUGGACCCACCGCACCGUCGUCCUCGUCUUCUGCGGCUUCAUCCUCAAGACCCUCUUCAACCAGUACCUGCUGAAAGUUUUGGAUGCCAUUUGGAAGAACAUCAGCGAGGCGAUCGGAGUGAUCCUGGUGUAUUUUGGCCGCGUGAUGUUCCUGGGAGGAAAGUACGACCCCACGGUCUUCAACGCCGGUGUCACUGUGGUCCUGGCUUGCAUUGCCUACGUCCUGUCCAAGGAGGGCAAAGCCAAGAAGAGCGAGGUUGGCGAUGAGCUGAAUCCCGAGAUGUAUCCCGACCUCACGACGCCCCUCCGCUGCGUUGAGGAUGGCUUUGAACUUCUUCAUACGGUUUACCGCGUAGUCCGUAAAAUUUUGAAACAUCGGGUAGGUGCGUUCCCUCCGGCCUUGAGGCUGAGUGAAACAGAACGACCCCCAAAACCCUAA